GGGUCACCGUGGCGUACGCUGUGGCGGGAAACGCUGUUUGAAGCGGGAUGGACCUCAAGCGUCGCCAAGGCCCAGGCCCUGAGGUGCCCCCAAAGCGGUCCCGUGGGGGCUUCUGGGACAAGGAUGAGGGGCUGCCAGCAUCCCAGUUCGAGGAGGACCUGGCACUGUUGGAAGAGAUGGAGGCAGAGCACAGGCUGCAGGAACAGGAGGAGGAGGAACUGCAGCCAGCCCUGGAGGGCGCCAUGGACGGCCAGUUCUCCUUGGCGGCCGCAGAUUCCCGCUGGAUGCGGCCCACCCCUACCUCCCUGGACCCCCAGACGGAGCCCCUCAUCUUCCAGCAGCUGGAGAUCGACCAUUAUGUGGGCCCAGCACGGCCCCUGCCAGGGAGGCCUCCACCAUCCUGCGACUCCGUGCCUGUGCUCCGUGCUUUUGGAGUCACCGACGAGGGUUUCUCUGUCUGCUGCCACAUCCAUGACUUCCGGCCCUACUUCUACACCCCUGCACCUUCUGGUUUUGGGACUGAACACCUGAGCGAGCUGCAGCGUGAGCUAAACACAGCCAUCAGCCGGGACCAGCGUGGGGGGAAAGAGCUUACUGGGCCCGCGGUGCUAGCUGUGGAGCUGUGCUCUCGAGAGAGCAUGUUCGGGUACCAUGGCCACGGUCCCUCUCCUUUCCUGCGUGUCAUCUUGGCGCUGCCCCGUCUCGUGGCUCCCGCCCGCCGCCUCCUGGAGCAGGGCAUCCGUGUGGCAGGCCUAGGCACCCCCAGCUUCGCACCCUAUGAGGCCAACGUGGACUUUGAGAUUCGGUUCAUGGUGGACACGGACAUCGUGGGCUGCAACUGGCUGGAGCUCCCGGCUGGGAAAUAUGUCCUACGACCAGAGGACAAGGCUACACUGUGUCAACUGGAGGCCGAUGUGCUGUGGUCAGACGUGGUCAGCCACCCCCCAGAAGGGCCGUGGCAACGCAUCGCUCCUCUGCGUGUGCUCAGCUUUGACAUCGAGUGUGCUGGCCGCAAAGGCAUCUUCCCUGAGCCUGAGCGGGACCCGGUGAUCCAAAUCUGCUCGCUGGGCUUGCGCUGGGGUGAGCCAGAGCCCUUCCUGCGCCUGGCACUCACCCUGCAGCCUUGCGCCCCCAUCCUGGGUGCCAAGGUGCAGAGCUAUGAACGGGAAGAGGACCUGCUCCAGGCCUGGUCCACCUUCGUCCGCGUCAUGGACCCCGAUGUGAUCACUGGUUACAACAUUCAGAACUUCGACCUUCCGUACCUCAUCUCUCGGGCCCUGACCCUUAAGGUGCAAACCUUUCCUUUGCUGGGCCGAGUGGCCGGCCUCCGCUCAAACAUCAGGGACUCCUCAUUCCAGUCGAGGCAGAUGGGCCGACGUGACAGCAUGGUCAGCAUGGUGGGCCGCGUGCAGAUGGACAUGCUGCAGGUGCUGCUUCGGGAGUACAAGCUCCGCUCCUACACACUCAACGCCGUGAGCUUCCACUUCCUGGGUGAGCAGAAGGAGGACGUGCAGCACAGUAUCAUAACCGACCUGCAGAAUGGGAACGACCAGACCCGCCGCCGUCUGGCUGUGUACUGCCUCAAGGAUGCCUUCCUGCCGCUCCGGCUGCUCGAGCGGCUCAUGGUGCUGGUGAAUGCUGUGGAGAUGGCUCGGGUCACUGGAGUGCCCCUCAGUUACCUGCUCAGCCGUGGCCAGCAAGUCAAGGUCGUGUCCCAGCUGCUGCGACAGGCGAUGCGAGAGGGGCUACUGAUGCCCGUGGUGAAGACAGAGGGUGGCGAGGACUACACAGGAGCCACUGUCAUUGAGCCCCUGAAAGGGUACUAUGAUGUCCCCAUUGCCACCCUGGACUUCUCCUCGCUGUACCCGUCCAUCAUGAUGGCCCACAACCUGUGCUAUACCACGCUCCUGCGGCCUGGGGCUGCCCAGAAACUGGGCCUGACCGCAGAUCAGUUCAUCAAGACGCCCACCGGAGACGAGUUUGUGAAGGCGUCAGUGCGGAAGGGGCUACUGCCCCAGAUCCUGGAGAACCUGCUCAGUGCCCGGAAGAGGGCCAAGGCUGAGCUGGCCCAGGAGACAGACCCUCUUCGGCGGCAGGUCCUGGAUGGGCGGCAGCUGGCGCUGAAAAUAAGUGCCAACUCCGUAUAUGGCUUCACUGGGGCCCAAGUGGGCAAGCUGCCAUGCUUGGAGAUCUCACAGAGUGUCACUGGGUUCGGGCGUCAGAUGAUUGAGAAAACCAAGCAACUGGUGGAGUCUAAGUACACAGUGGAAAAUGGCUACAGCACCAAUGCCAAGGUGGUAUAUGGUGACACUGACUCUGUCAUGUGCCGGUUCGGAGUCUCCUCUGUGGCUGAGGCAAUGGCCCUGGGGCGGGAGGCCGCGGACUGGGUAUCAGGUCACUUCCCAGCACCCAUCCGGCUGGAGUUUGAGAAGGUCUACUUCCCCUACCUGCUCAUCAGCAAGAAGCGCUAUGCCGGCCUGCUCUUUUCCUCCCGGCCCGAUGCCCACGACCGCAUGGAUUGCAAGGGCCUGGAGGCUGUGCGCAGGGACAACUGCCCCCUCGUGGCCAACCUGGUAACCGCUUCGCUGCGGCGCCUGCUUGUGGACCGAGACCCUGAGGGUGCCGUGGCCCACGCAAAGGAUGUCAUCUCGGACCUGCUGUGUAACCGCAUUGACAUCUCGCAGCUGGUCAUCACCAAGGAGCUGACCCGCGCCACAGCCGACUAUGCGGGCAAACAGGCCCACGUGGAGCUGGCUGAGAGGAUGAGGAAGCGGGACCCUGGGAGUGCGCCCAGCCUGGGCGACCGCGUCCCUUACGUGAUCAUCGGUGCUGCCAAGGGCGUGGCCGCCUACAUGAAGUCCGAGGACCCCCUGUUCGUGCUGGAGCACAGCCUGCCCAUCGACACGCAGUACUACCUGGAGCAGCAGCUGGCCAAGCCGCUCCUGCGCAUCUUCGAGCCCAUCCUGGGCGAGGGCCGCGCUGAGGCCGUGCUGCUGCGGGGCGACCACACGCGCUGCAAGACGGUGCUCACCGGCAAGGUGGGCGGCCUCCUGGCCUUUGCCAAACGCCGCAGCUGCUGCAUUGGCUGCCGAACCGUGCUCAGCCACCAGGGAGCCGUGUGUGAGUUCUGCCAGCCCCGAGAGUCAGAGCUGUAUCAGAAAGAGGUGUCCCACCUGAAUGCCCUGGAGGAGCGCUUCUCGCGCCUCUGGACCCAGUGCCAGCGCUGUCAGGGCAGUCUGCACGAGGAUGUCAUCUGUACCAGCCGGGACUGCCCCAUCUUCUACAUGCGCAAGAAGGUGCGCAAGGACCUGGAGGACCAGGAGCAGCUGCUGCGUCGCUUCGGGCCCCCAGGCCCCGAGGCCUGGUGACCGACCUGCAAGCAUCCCUGCAAGCAUCCCGGGGGCCUGGCGGGGAA